CAAUUUCGUGCCUUUGACCUCUUUAACUGUCAAAACAUGGCUCUGAAGUAUUACUUCGAUUUGAUGUCACAGCCAUCGCGUGCUAUUUAUAUUUUUCUAAAAGCUAACAGCAUCCAAUUCGAGCCAAAACCUGUUGCACUUCGGAAAGGCGAGCACUUAACAAAUGAAUUUAAGAUGUUGAACCCAUGGCAGAAAGUUCCAUUCCUAGAUGAUAAUGGCUUCAUUCUUACAGAAAGUGUUGCCAUACUGCGUUACCUGUCAUGUAAGUACAAUCUGCCGGAGCACUGGUAUCCACGAAAUGACCUCCUAAAACAGGCGAGGAUAGAGGAGUAUCUCCACUGGCAGCAUCUUAACACACGCUUGCAGGCAGCCAUGGUCUUCCAGCAAAAGCUGAUCUUGCCUGUAGCCAGACAAAGCAAGAUAGAUCAGGCAAAAGUGGAUCGGUUCAAGGCAGAACUUCCCAAAGUGAUCUCCCAUAUAGAUACUUAUUUCCUGAAGGAUGACAAGUACAUAGGUGGAGACGAAGUGUCGGUGGCAGACCUGCUGGGGGUGUGUGAGCUCAUGCAGCUGUACCCAGUGUACGAGGAGGAUUUAUACCUUGCCAACCCACGUGUGAAAGCCUGGAUGGAGCGCGUCAGAGAAAGGCUCAACCCACACUUUGAUGAAGGAAACGCAAUCGUGUACCGGACACGAGAGGCAUACAAGAAAAUUGGACCUUCACUUGGUGCUAAAUUGUAAAACUAAAUGAUAAAUUAUUAAUUUUGUAAUGAUUGCGUAAGGUGCUGCUUCUAGAAACAGUAGUUGCCUGCAAGUUAUUAUUAUCUGGGACCCUGUACUGGUAAAAUGCUUUCCAAGCUUGCUCAAAUUCUGGAUUUUGUAUAGCAGGGCUUGUUGAUUUUUUGAUGGCAAGCACCAAACAGUAUAAGAUUCGGGCUUGUUCAUCCAAAAGUCUAAUUUGAUGAAUGGGACCUUUGAAGCAUUAUUGUUUUAUGAAGAAACUGUAUUAAGAUGUAAAAUAAUGAUAAUGGUGGUAUUUUAUUUUUCAUUGAGUCAUAUUUCAAUAUUACUUAUCUUUAUGAGAUUAUGACAUUAACACUCUUUUAGAAAUGGUAAUAGAAAUACAUUACACAAGUUUGUUAUAUAAGGCAUAACUGCAUGUACCGGUAGUUGCAACACAAAUAAGGGUGAAAGAAUUUCGAGUAAUCCCACUAGCCAAUACAUUGUAUUUAGAAAGGCCAUGAUAAUAAACAAAUGUUUAUCUUUCGAUAUAUAUAAUUAUCUUUUUAUAAAUCUGUAUUUAUUUAUUCAUUAAUGCAUUUAUUUGCUCACUAAUAUAUGCAAUACACUUAUUGUUGUACAGACACAUAGGAGCUGGGGCCACAGGGGCCGCGACCGCGGCCCCAAUAUUCAGGCUAGUAACAGCAAUGGGGAAUAUUUGAUACUGAAUUUCCUAAUAAUCGUAUUUUAAAUAAAGCUACGUGCAUAUAGAUCAGUA